AUGGCGAAAAAAGACAAGAAAAAUAAGAAGGCCGUCGAUGAUGACUGGGAGAACGAGAUUGGUGAAGACCUUACGCAAAAGGCUAAGCCUGAUGAUCAAGAGCCACCGGCAGCCCUCAGUACAGCACCCGCAGACGAUGACCUUGGUGGUGGUCUGAUGAAUGCUAUUCGCAAGAAUGCUGAAAAGAAAAAAAAGAAGGGUAAGGGAGCUGCAGCCAAAGCCGAGUCGCCGGUUGAGGACGCGGCCACACCGACAGGAGUCGACACCCCCCCUCCAGCACCUAAAGCACCUGUUGAGGUUGCUGAGGUUGACGAUGACGAAUUCGGUCCGGUGAAGAAAGGGAAGAAAGGAAAGGCCGCGCAGCCGAAGGCUGUGGAGAAGGUCGUGGAGAAGGCUGUAGAGGAGCCGAGUAUUCAUGGAUCGGAGGCUGGCGACGACGAAGAGACUGGAGGAAGGGUCAAAUCAAAGAAAGAGAAGGAGAAAGAAAAGAAAGAAAGGGAAAAACAGAGGAAGAAGGAACAGGCCGCUCGUAAGAAAGGUGAUGCUUCUGCUGCUCCAGCGGUAAAGGAAACUCCUAAGGCCGUAGAGAAAGCUGCUGCCACCGCCGCACCCGAGCCCGCCAAGAAGGGGAAAAAGAUUCCCCCCGCCCUUGCUGCACUCCAGAGGCAGCAGGAACUUAUGAAGCAGAUGGAGGAGGAGAAGAAGCGUCUCGAGGAGGAGGAGAAGAAACGUAUCGAGGAGGAGGAAAGGCUUGAGAGAGAAGAGCAGGCAAGGCUUGCGGAAUUAAAAGCACGAAAGAAGGAGAGGGAGGCUGCAAAAAAGGAGCAGCUCAAAAAAGAGGGCAAAUAUCUUACUCCUAAAGAAAAAGAGGCAAAGAGGCUUGCACAGCUACGGCUGGAGCAAAUGAGGGCCGCGGGAAUGAUCGUUGCAGGAUUGGACGAACCAUCGGGAGAAACCAAAAAAAGACCGGUAAUAGAUAAGAAGAAGAAGAAGGGUGGAAAAGCGGAUAAGGCAGCCGAAGAUGAGGCAAAAGCGGUCGAGUUGAAGAAAAAAGAGGAAGAGCGACUAGCUGCUGAGGCCAAGGCCAAGGAAGAGGCGGACAGGAAGCAAAAAGAAGAAGAGGCAGCAGCCGCUGCGAAAGCCAAAGAAGAUGCCGACGUUCUCGACUCCUGGGAAGAAGCCAUCGACGAAGAUGGCAACAUCAAAGAGUCUUGGGAUCAAGAAACCGACGAAGAAGAAGAUGGGGAGGAAGAUAAAAAGGAAGAGAAACCAACCAAGCAAACUCCUUCUACUAAACCUAACGGCCCCAAACCAGCACCCAAAAAGUUUGAUGACGAAGAGGAAGACUCAGAGGACGACUCUGAAGAUGACCAAAGCAUGGCUCAACAACUUGCACAGAAGCGGAAAGAGGAAGCUGCAGCCCGUCGUCAGAAGCAACUUGAGGACGCAAAAGCUGCUGCUAGUAUCAAUGACCUCCGCUCUCCUAUUUGUUGUAUCCUGGGACACGUCGAUACCGGUAAGACGAAGCUCUUGGACAAAAUUAGACAAACAAACGUGCAGGAGGGUGAAGCUGGUGGUAUCACGCAGCAAAUCGGUGCAACAUACUUCCCUAUGGAGGCAAUCAAGCAGAAGACGCAAGUUGUGAACCAAGACGGAAAGAUGGAGUUUAAGGUUCCUGGUUUACUGGUUAUCGAUACACCUGGUCACGAGUCGUUCACAAAUUUAAGGAGCAGAGGUAGUUCGUUGUGUAACAUUGCGAUCUUGGUCAUUGAUAUCAUGCACGGGCUGGAACCACAAACUAUUGAGUCUAUCCAACUUCUCAGGGACAAGAAGACACCUUUUAUCGUCGCGUUGAACAAGAUUGACCGUCUCUACGGCUGGGGGGCAGUUCCAAAUAACGGUUUCAGGGAUUCUCUCUCACGCCAAAAGAAGUCUGUCCAGAAUGAGUUCAAGGAUCGUCUGGAAAAGACGAUUGUCGCGCUUCAGGAACAGGGUCUUAACUCAGCACUCUUCUAUGAGAAUAAGAAUGUUGGGAAAUACGUAUCUUUGGUUCCUACCUCUGCUCACACCGGAGAAGGUAUUCCUGAUAUGCUUAAACUUUUGGUAUCGCUCACCCAGCAGCGUAUGGCCGAGAAACUCAUGUAUAUCAGUGAGCUUGAGUGCACUGUUCUUGAAGUUAAGGUCAUUGAAGGACUGGGAACUACUAUUGACGUUGUCCUGAGUAAUGGAUACCUUCGUGAAGGCGACCGCAUUGUCUUGUGUGGUCUGAAUGGCGCCAUUUCAACAACAGUCCGUGCCUUACUGACACCACAACCGUUGAAGGAAAUGCGUGUCAAGGGUUCAUACGUUCACCAUAAGGAGGUCAAGGCUGCGUUGGGUGUUAAGAUUGCUGCCAACGACCUCGAGCACGCUAUCGCAGGGUCAAGGCUACUCGUUGUUGGCCCCGACGAUGACGAAGAAGAUCUCGAAGAGGAAGUCAUGAGUGAUCUUGAGCAAUUGUUCAGCAAGGUUUCUACAACUGGUGCUGGUGUGGCAGUCCAGGCCUCAACCUUGGGUGCUCUUGAGGCCUUGUUGGAGUUCCUUCGUGUCUCAAAGAUUCCCGUGGCUACGAUCUCGAUCGGUCCUGUCUAUAAACGUGACGUAAUGCGUGCAGGAACUAUGUUGGAAAAGCAUAAGGAAUUCGCAGUAAUGCUUUGUUUCGAUGUCAAGAUCGACAAGGACGCACAGGCAUAUGCGGACGACGUGGGUGUUAAGAUCUUCACGGCAGAUAUCAUUUACCAUUUGUUUGAUUCGUUCACUGCCCACCAGGCCGAGGCGCUCGCCCAAAAGAAGAGAGAGAGUGCUGCGGAUGCGGUAUUCCCUUGCAUUUUGAACCCUGUGGCCGUUUUCAACAAGAAGGAUCCGAUUGUUGUGGGUGUCGAUGUUGUGGAAGGAAGUUUGAAGAUUGGUACACCGAUUUGUGCGGUUAAAAAGAACCCUAUCACCGGAGAGGUGGAAACAAUUAAUUUGGGGAGGGUAACAUCUAUUGAGCUUAAUCACAAAGCCAUUCCUGUCGUCAAGAAGGGUCAGCCUUCGGUGGCCGUUAAGAUCGAAGGUCCCAACCAGCCGACGUACGGGCGUCACUUGGAGGAGAAGGAUACACUUUACUCGCUUAUCUCGAGAAAGACGAUCGAUACGCUGAAGACACAUUUCAGAGAUGAUGUGAGCAAAGAGGACUGGCAGCUGAUUAUUAACUUGAAGAAGGUGUUCAAUAUCACUUAG